UGAUUUGAGGGAGGUUUGGCUGCUGUUACUACCAAAUCAAGAGACUACAUGGAUACCCACUCCCUCUCGCUAAGUCUGUAACCAUUUCAAUUGUUUCAUUAAGUGUUGCUGCUGCUGCUGGUGUUGUUGUGGUGCUUGUUGGCGCAUGCGUACAAUAAACUUCUGGUGGAACCAUGGCUGAUUAUUGGAAAUCCCAGCCAAGGAAGUUUUGUGAAUUUUGUAAAUGUUGGCUUACUGAAAAUAAACCAAGUAUUGAAUUUCAUGAGAAGGGGAAACGCCAUCAAGAAAAUGUGCGGAAGAAAAUUGAUGCAGUUAGAAAAUUUAGUUACAGAUUGAAGCAAGAUGAAAUGAAAUCUUGUCUUUUCUCUUUUUUACAGGCAGCUUUAGAAGCUUUUAAGAAAGAUAUAAUUAAUGACCCUUCAUUAGCCAAACAAUAUGGUAUCUCUCUGCCAACCAAAAAACAAAGUGGUUCUGAUAAUGAUAUUCCUGUUAACAAACCAGUUCUUCAGACAGAAACAGUGGCUGCAGAAACUACAGAUUCCGAAAAUCCAGAUAAUAUUGGUAAACCUGAAGAGGAAGAACAGCAAACUGAAGAGGAAGCAACAGACUGGUAUGAAGCUGUUUCAGAUGAAGGCUACCAUUAUUAUUGGAACACUAAAACUAAUGAAUCUGUUUGGGAAAAACCAAAGCAGUACUACAGUCUUCAAGAACAAGGUCUCAAUGAAGAUGGAACAGAAAUGACAGCCGAAAACAAUGAAGUUACAGACUCAAAAGAAUCUGAAAUUGAAAAAGAAGCAGAGAAAACAGAAGCAGUCAAAACAGAAGCAGAUAAAACAGAAGCAGAUAAAACCGAAUCAGAUUUGAAACCUUCAUCCAUUCCUGCAAAAUCUCAGACAAAUCGCUGUUCUUCCCGCUCUGCCUAUGGUCAAUGGACAACAUAUGAAAAAACAACAGAAUUUGUUGAUUAUGAGCUGCCUUCAGUUCCAGAAGAAAUGCCGUUACCGACAUUUUCCUCAGAAGAACCAGCCAAAAUGAAAUUCAAAGAAAAGCGGCUAACACUUUCAGAUCUUCCUGAUGGAGAAAUUAUUGCAUUUAAAAAGCGUAAAAUUUCUAAAGGUUCACGGAAUAUCCGUGGGAAAUUAGACGACGACGACUGAGAUUUUUACUUAAUAAAAUAAAACUUAAAUAAAAAUACUACAAA